UUGCUACGUGUCUUAAGGGGUCUUGUUGGGUAGCAAGCAACUUUCAUCAUGGAUCAAGUAAUGCAAUUUGUAGAGCCCAGCCGCCAGUUUGUGAAAGAUUCCAUCAGACUUGUUAAAAGAUGCACAAAACCAGAUAGAAAAGAAUUCCAGAAGAUGGCCAUGGCAACAGCAAUAGGUUUUGCAAUAAUGGGAUUUAUUGGUUUCUUCGUAAAAUCGAUCCAUAUUCCAAUCAACAAUAUUAUUGUUGGUGGCUAAACACAUCAAGAAGACAUUACUUUGUGCGUGGUAAAAUAGCAGAUCAAAGUG